AUGCAGCAACAACAGCAACAAAUGCAAGGUGGUGGGAUGCCUGGGCAAGAGGAAGAGUUAUCCGCGAUUGAACGAUUUUGUACGGACGUGACGGACGAAGCGAAGAAAGGGUUGUUGGACCCGUUGGUCGGGAGAGACGACGAGUUGAGAAGAGCUAUUCACGUCUUGUCCAGACGAACGAAGAAUAACCCGAUUUUGUUGGGCCAAUCUGGUGUUGGUAAGACGGCUAUUGUGGAAGGUUUGGCGCAGAGAAUCGCGACUGGUGACGUGCCUUUGUCGCUGAGAAACGCGAAGUUGUUGGAGUUGGAUUUAGGCGCGGUUGGCGCCGGCUGUCAAAUGCCGGGGGAGUUUGAAGAGAGAUUGUCUAUGGUCGUGCAAGAAGUUGUCGACGAAGCCGAGAAUCAGCCAGUGAUUGUAUUCAUCGACGAUAUUCACAACUUGAUUCCGCCGCCGCCGAAUGGGAACAACGGGUCGGCUAUUUUGAAACCGGCGUUGGGGAGAGGUUUGUUGAGGUGCAUCGGGUGCACGUCGGUGGAUAAGUUUAAGAAAUCCAUCGAAACUGACGCGGCUUUGGAACGUCGAUUUCAGCAAAUUCCAGUGGAAGAACCGGACGUUGAUUUCACCGUUUCUAUUUUGCGCGGGUUGAGACCGAGAUACGAACAGCACCACAACAUCGCCAUCUCGGAAGGCGCGUUGUUAUCGGCGGCGCAGUUAUCGGCCAGGUACGUCAGCGGACGUCAGUUACCAGAUAAGGCGAUCGAUUUGCUCGAUGAAGCCGCCGCGGCGGUUAGAAUGAACAAAUCGUCUAAACCGGAAGCGUUAGACGUGUGCGACCGAAAAAUAAAGCAGUUGCAAAAAGAACGCAAUCAGUUGUUGUUGAAGCAAAGAAGCGAAAACGCAAAGGCUGGUCAAAACAACAUCGCCGCGGCGGAAUUGCAAAAGCUCGCCGCGCAAUUGCACGACGAGAAGAAGAAACGAAAGGAGCUGCAAAAGAAAGUUACGAGUGAAAUGACGUGCAUGAACGCGUACAGACAAGCGCAAGCGCAGUUGGCGUACACGGUGAGAAAGAUUCAAAACGCCAACGCCAAAGUACAGUUGGCCUCGGCCGCGGACGCGCCAGACGAGUACAAAGCUCAACUCGCGAAUUGCAAGAGCGACCUCGCCAAAUUGGAAGCGGAAAAAGAGCGCGUGGAAGACGAGGUGAAGAAAGCGGAAGGCGAAGUGUUGUCCUUACAAGGUGGUGGGGUGAUGUUGAGAGAAGAGGUGACGGAUGCAGACGUCGCGACAGUCGUGUCCAGAUGGACCGGCGUACCGGUGGCGAAAUUGGUCUCUUCGGAGAAACAGAAAUUGUUGCAAUUGGAAUCGGAACUUCACGAAAGAGUCAUUGGUCAAGAAGAAGCGGUCACAUGCGUCGCCGAAGCCGUGCAACGCUCGCGCGCGGAUCUCGCCGAUCCGAAUGGGCCGGUCGCCUCGUUCAUGUUCCUCGGUCCAACUGGCGUCGGAAAGACAGAAUUGGCAAAGGCUUUAGCAUCGUAUCUCUUCAACUCGGACCAAGCGUUGGUGCGUUUGGACAUGUCCGAGUACAUGGAAAAACACUCCGUGGCUAGAUUGAUUGGCGCACCGCCAGGCUACAUCGGCUACGACGAAGGGGGGAUGCUCACCGACGCGGUUCGACAAAAGCCGUACUCGGUCGUCUUGUUCGAUGAGAUUGAAAAAGCGCACGUCGAUGUCUUUAACGUCUUGUUGCAGUUGUUGGAUGAAGGCCACGUGACGGAUACUCAAGGUAGAAACGUUUCGUUUAGAAACUGCUUGAUUAUCAUGACUUCGAACUUGGGUUCGGACGAAAUGAACUACCAAAACAAAAGAAGAGGAAGAGGUAACGUGAAAGACGCCGUCAUGCAACACGUCCGAUCGCACUUCAGACCAGAAUUUAUCAACAGAAUCGACGAGUUUAUUUGCUUUGAAUCGCUCAACCAUUCGCAAAUCGAAGAGAUUGUCCAAUUACAACUCAAGAACUUGUCCAACAGAGUCGAUGGCCAACGCAUGGCGAUUGAAUACGACAAAUCCGCGGUUGAAUAUUUGGCGAGAGAAGGCUACGAUCCGCAAUACGGCGCUCGUCCGGUCAAACGUGCCAUUCAAAAACAAUUGUUACAGAACUUGUCCACGGAAAUCUUGAAGGGCAAAUUCAACGAAGACGAUACGAUUUUAGUCACCGCGGAUAGACACGGCUUGUGCCUCGCCAACGGUCAAAAGAUUGUGCGAAAAAUCUACGACAUCACCGAAGCGAGCGACGACGACGAGGACGAGCUUUAG